GAAGAAGAAGAAGAAGAAGAAGAAGCGAGCGGAAGCUGUUGUUUCUUACGUACGUCCAUGUUUCGCUGUGAUAUAUUCCUGUGGAGUGAUGCGCUCAGCUCUUUUCUUCUCUGCUGCUGGUCAUAGUAGUUUAAAGUUAUAUUCAGCUGUAACAGCUCGGUAAACGUUGAUGAACGGAAGCUAAGAGAAGUGGAGACAGCAGCUUAAACAGCACCUGGAUGCAGAGGAGGAAGAAAUGUCGGAGGGUUUUGGAAGUAGCGCAGCUCUCGAACAGGAAAAACCUGAAGGAAACCAAGUCUUAGAUGCCGCUUUCAGUCCCGACCAACUGCAUAUAAUAGUGGUUCCUGCAGAUGUUCAGAAAUCGGUGCUGAUUAAAGAAGAAGCUCCUGAAGAACAGUGGCCUGAUAUGGACCAGCAGGAUGUAAAUUGCCUCCACAUAAAAGAGGAAGAGGAGGAACAGUGGACCAGUCUGGGGGGAGAGCCAGUCAAUGUGAAGGAGGAGACAGAUGUCACCAGCUUUUCAUUCACUACAGUUCCUUUGAAGAGUGAGGGUGAUGAAGAGAAACCUCUGUUCUCACAGCUUCAUCAACACCAAGAUGAAGUCGGUGAUCUUCUGACCAGCAGCUCAGCUGACCACAUAGAAUCAGCAACUGGUGGAGGGUCCUGUGGAGGAGCAGAAACUAUAAAAAAUCCAGAUCUAAAUAGUUGUGAAGACAAUUCUGACUCUUCAGAAACUGAAGUCAGUGAGGAUGAUGACGUGAAUAAUCCUGACUCUCACGAGAAACACUUAUCAGACUGUAGGUCAAAAACUGAAGACACUGAUAAAAACUGGGAGUCUUUUCCCAGCAGCAUCCCUGAGUUGGAUGGAAAUGCUGUAGACAAAAAUGGACAAAAGCCGUUUUCAUGUGAUUUGUGUGAACGAAGGUUUACCAGAAAGGACCAUUUAAAAAUACACAUGAUUAGACACACAGGACAGAAGCCAUUUUCUUGUGAUCUGUGUAAACAUAGGUUUUCUGAAAAGGGCAAUUUAAAGAAACACAUGAUAACCCACACAGGACAGAAGCCGUUUUCUUGUGAUCUGUGUAAACAUAGGUUUUCUGAAAAGGGCAGUUUAAAGAAACACAUGAGAAUCCACACAGGACAGAAGCCCUUUUCUUGUGGCCUGUGUGAACGAAGUUUUCUCCUAAAAUAUCAUUUAAACACACACAUGAGAACCCACACAGGAGAGAAGCCAUUUUGUUGUGAUUUGUGUGGACAAAGGUUUUCCACAAUGAGUAGUUUAAGAAGACACAUGAGGAUCCACACUGGGGGAAAAAGUCAUUUGAAAUAACUCAAAGGCAUGAAGCAGCACAGUAGGAAAAUUCUAUUUUAUACAUGUAUACUUUCACACAUAUUGUAAAGUUCAUAACAACGGACUG